UUAAUACAGGGCUAAAGUUCAAGUCAGUCAAUAUUGCAAGCCUACGUGCAGUGAGGCAGAGGUGUUAUACCAGCUUCUUUGUCAUUGUGUGGAACACUAAAUAAAACUAGUACUUUUGGCCUCUGAAGGCGGUUUGAUGUUGAAUCAGCGCGAGGUUCGGAUCGCUUUUUAAGUUGACGUCAAUGACCUACACGUGGCGACAUGGGUUUUUGUAUUCAACUAAAGAUUUUCAGCCUUUGGUGGCUAUUGUUAACGACACCAGAGGAGGCAGGGGGCGCACUUCCGUUAGCCGCUGGAAGAAGUCAGAAUGGGCACCGGGUGAUUUGUCUGCCGUCCGGUACGUGUCAGCAAGCAGUGCAGUUUGCUAAGCAAAACGAUCAGUAUGCGCCGAUAGUGACAGUGGUCUACAGUAACGAUGGAAUCCAGUGCUCAUCUCACGCCAAUCCACAGGCAACGUCAUAUGAGAUCAUUCUGAAUGGCACAAUUAUUCUAGAGACCUUUAACACAAGUGGAUACUCCGUGAAUUUUAAUCCCGAUUUCUGCACAACUGUUACUUGCAAUGUCACAAACACAAUUGGCACAGGAACAUCGACACUUCUCGAUUCAGUCUGCUCAGAUCCAAAUAGGCUAGACGCUCGCGUUAUAGCUGGCAUAGUCGUAGCCGUUGCCGUACUCGUAGGAGCUGUGGCUGCAGGGAUUUUAAUUGAUCUUGUCAAAAGGCGACGUGAGGUAGUCAGGCGUAACAAGCAGAAUAUCAGAGUUCACCAGUUACCAGAAGAACACCCAGUUGAGUCUGACCCGAUCAGCACGAACAAUCAGGAUACAUCAACACAAAGUGCGGGCCUUGUGUUCUCGCGAGAUCUCAUAGUGCUCGAGAGCCGGCUAGGAAGCGGUCAGUUCGGGACGGUGUGGCUAGGAAAGGUACAUGGGAUCGAGGAAGAUGGGAAACAAAUAGAGGUUGCCAUCAAGACUCACAAUGAAUCUGCAGACAAAAAGGCCAGGGAGCAAAUUCUUGCCGAGUUGGAGAUGAUGAAAACAGUUUGCUCGAAUGGACAUCCGAACGUAAUAAAACUACUGGGCUAUUGCGCAGAGACAGAUCCCGUUUGGAUCAUCGUUGAGUGCUGUGCCAAGGGGGAUCUUUUGGGAGUUCUGCGCGGGUUUCAGGACACGGACCUUGGCAAAGCCUACUCCAAGCGCGAUGCUGAUCCCAGCUCUAUCCAAUCACUAUCCAUCACAUUACUCCAGUUUGCCAGGGAUAUUGCGAAGGGCAUGACCUUCCUGUCCUCACAAGAGUGCGUGCUGCGUGACCUGACUGCUCGUAAAGUGUUGGUGGCUGAAAACAUGGUUUGCAAGUUGGCUGAUUUUAGAUGGGCCCUAUGUGCCACUAAACCCUACGUGGACGAAGAUGACUGUGGUCGCCUCGUGUUACAUCCUCCCUUUCGUUGGAUGGCACUGGAGUCUUUCCAGUUUGGCAGGUUUUCAACGGAGAGUGACGUAUGGUCUUUCGGAAUCGUGAUGUGGGAGAUCCUGACGCUUGGUUGUCGACCUUUCACGGAAAUGAGUGGUAUGUCGCUGGGUGAUCUGCUUGAGAAUGGUUAUCGUUUGCUUCGGCCUCAUCACUGCAACGAAGAAUUGUACGCCAUGAUGCGAAGUUGCUGGCAAGAAAACCCCCAGGAUCGACCCACCUUCCUUAGUCUGUCGCAGCAACUGGAUGAGAUGCUGUCACAAGUCCAAAUCGACGCCGCGCCCAUUAGCACUGACGAAACUCAAAGCAAACAGGAGACAGUAUGUGAGAGGGAAAAAGAAGCGUGACUGCUACAUCAACAAGUGUGAGGUGUGACGUCAGCAUGCGGUUUGAAAUGGUUAUUUACCAGUCGGCGAUGCUAAUAGGACCUUGUCGCAAGAUAGAACCAUUGAACUUUUUGCUUGUGUUUAGACUAUAUUCAAGUUUUAAAAGUCUAACUUUUGAUGUCAGAAUUGUAAUGGAAGUUGCCGGUCUAAUGUCACGUUUGACCAACUGUUACAUCUUGGAAACUAAGCAUAUUAACCUUUCUAGUCAUUUUAAUAGUGUAACAUUUUUGCGAUCAUAACAAGACCUUCUUGGCUCUGCCUACCGUUACCGAAAAAUCCCUGCUUAUUAUAGCAGACAAUUCCGUGCUCACGCGUUAUCAAGGAAUUUUUGCUUCUGCGCAUGCGUAUAUCCCGUAACUAAGGAUUCUGCGCUCACGGGUUAGCACAGAAUUGUUCUGCUAGCGCGGUUAGCACAAAAUUUGUGGUAGCAUUGAUCAUGCUAUUCCGUUAGCAAUAAGGGCAAGGGCGUAAAUCCGGGGGGGGGGGGGAGAUAAUCCCCCUCUUACACACAAAUACUUUUUGACUUGAGGGAUGUGUCAUUGGAUCAUCCCACAGAUUUGUGUAGUGUGAAAUAGAUAAAUGCCGAUUCCAGGCUAUUUGCUAACUGUCUCACAGCACUGAAAAAAAUUGCAAAUUUUGAGGUGUUUCCUAACUCUAUAAAUUGUACAUUUGUAAAAUGAACAGCGCCCCCUGUGAGUAUAGAAUCUAAGCCCCCCCCUUCGCUCGUACCCGCCCUGCAAACAGUACGCUUAAAUAGACUGAUGAGUUUACGCUCUGAUUGGAUAAAUU